CUCUCUCACUAUCUCUCUCUCUCUCUGGCCCCGGCGACCUCACCGAGUCAGUCACCCCAUCUCUCUCCGUACACUUCUCUCAAUACCCCCACCCACCUACACCCCCCCCCACACAUCAUGUCCCUCACGCUUCUCUCUCGUCAACCGGCGUCUCAUCGCCGCUCCUUUCCCCUUCCUUCUCUCUCUUCUUCUCCCUUUUCUCACCACCACUACCACCACCAUCUCCGAUGGCUGAAUUACAAUUCUCAACCCCCCAACCACCGCCCUCCCGGCCAUUACCUUUCCGCGAAGACUGCUGGAGCGAGGAAGCAACAUCCACUCUCGUCGACGCUUGGGGCCGCCGCUAUCUCGAGCUCAACCGCGGCAACCUCCGUCAGAAGGACUGGCAGGAGGUGGCCGACGCCGUCAAUCUCCGCCACGGCCACACCAAGAAGGCCCGCCGCACCGACGUUCAGUGCAAGAACCGCAUCGACACUCUCAAGAAAAAGUAUAAGGUCGAGAAAGCUAGGGUUUCUGAAUCCAACGGAUCGGUCACCAGCUCGUGGUCCUUCUUUUCCCGCCUCGAUUGCUUGAUCGGAUCUGCAGUCACCGCGGCCAAAAAGGCUCCGAUUCCGAUUCCGCUUCCGCCGCCGUUGGCUGUUCCUUUGGCGUGCCGGAAGCCGCCGGGGGGUAUGGUGGUGCAGCCGGUGGUGCUUCCGCAGAAACGGCCGUCUCCGGCGGUGGAUGAUUCGUACUUUAGGAGGAAUUACUCGGCUGUUGCUGCGGCGGCGGCGGCUGAGGAGGAGGAGGAGGAUAGAUCGGAGGAUUUGGGGUCUAGCGAGGAGACCGGAGGGCGGAGGAAUGGGGAGGCGGAAGGAAUGAGGCGGCUGGCUAGGGCGAUUGAGAAGUUAGGAGAGAUGUAUGAGAGGAUUGAAGGGGAGAAGCAGAGGCAGAUGAUUGAAUUGGAGAAGCAGAGGAUGCAAUUCGCUAAAGAUUUGGAGGUUCAGAGGAUGCAGCUGUUCAUGGACACUCAGGUUCAGCUUGAGAAGAUUAAGCAAGCCAAGCGGUCGGGUUCGAAUGAUAUUUAUAGCUAGGAGUGGGAGGGGACUUUGAUGGUCAUCGUAAUUGCAGUUGGUAUAGCUUUGGGUUUUCAUAUUUAUGCCAACGAAGUACAUACAUUUCCAGUUCGUUAUGGUAUUAGAGGAUGUCGGUAAUUUAAAGAGUACUCCGAAUCUGCAAAUUAUCAGUGGACAAGGCUGUCAAUGUUCUUGCGAAUCAUAUUGCCUUCUCUUUUCUACUACUAGGUUUUUUUUUUUUUCUCGGUGAGUACUUAACCAGUCAUUGUUCAAUUAAGAGGGGCUGUUCCACUUUUUUAAAUUUAGUGGUCAUAGUUAGAAUGAUGCUUAUGUUUUCCUGAAAUGUCCUUGACAAGGCACUCAAUUUGAACAAAUUUGUCUUCUUGUUUGAAUUUUCCUGGAAUAUAAUGUUAGAUAAUUUCUGAAGAUUUAUUUAUUUUUA